CGGAAGUUUCCCGAGCGGAUCGUCUGGGCAGCAGCAGCAGCAGCUGUCUAGCUAACCAUUUACAACAACCAUGACAAGAGCUGUAGUCCAGUACACCGCGUUAAUUCAGGACUGGACCAUGUGGUGAUGAUCGGUAUGCCAUGCAGAGGAGACACAGCAGCAACACGGAUGGCAUGCCCUCUGAAAGGAGCCGAAGCCAAACUCUGGGAUCGGAAAGCAGCCUGGAUGAGGGUGGUGUGUUUGACUGCCUGAAGCCUGACUCACCUGCUUCUCCCCAGCAGAUCUUCUCCGGCCUUGUUGGUGUCCCCUCCAGCUCUGUCUCCUCUGCCCAAUUCCAGGCAGCCGGCUUAGUCUUGGGCUCUCCCCCUGAAGUUUUUAUCCAGAUGACAGCAUCAUCCAGAGAGGAAGGGGGGCCCCAUCGCACAGAGGGUGGACCUUUUCUCCCUCGGCCACCUCAGCACCAUCAUCACCAUCACCACUUCCACCACCAGCCCCUUCAGCAUAGGACCUCGUCCCUGCUCCAGCAGGCUACCACAGCAGCUGGCUCAGAAAGGCACAGCUCCAGGGAGGAGGCCCAGGAAGACCAGUCCACCCCGGCCCCAGCUUUGUCUGAGUUGAAAGCAGUGGUCACCUGGCUACAGAGAGGCUUCCCCUUCAUCCUUAUUUUGUUGGCUAAAGUCUGCUUUCAGCAUAAACUAGGAAUUGCUGUCUGCGUGGGGAUGGCCAGCACGUUUGCCUAUGCCAAUUCCACUUUAAGGCACCAAGUAUCAUUACGGGAGGAACGUUCUGUAUUUGUUGCUCUAUGGAUCAUCAUGUUCCUUGGAGGGAACAUCGUGUAUAUCUACUACACAUUUAGUCAUGAAGAGCUGCACAACAGCCUCAUAUUUGCCAAGCCCAUCCUCAACAGCUUUGAUUUCUUUGAUCUGAUCUGGGCAGUGGGCAUCACAGAUUUUGUACUUAAGUACGUCACCAUCAUCCUGAAAUGCUUUGUCCUCUUUCUGCCUAAGAUUCUCCUGGCAUUCAAAUCCAGGGGUAAGUUCUACCUGCUGAUCGAGGAGCUGAGCCAGCUGUUUCGAGCUCUCGUUCCCAUCCAGUUGUGGUACAAGUACAUCAUGGGAGAAGACCCCUCAAACAGUUACUUCCUGGGAGCCACGCUCAUCAUCAUCUACAGCCUCUGCAAGUCCUUUGACAUCUGCGGACGUAUAUCUGCAAUACGCAAGGCCUUGGUCAUGCUCUGCAGCUCCCAGAGUUAUGGAGUGAGAGCUGGCAGUCAGCAGUGUAGCGAGGCAGGUGAUGUCUGUGCUAUUUGUCAGGCUGAUUUUAGAGACCCCAUUGCACUUCUCUGUCAGCACGUGUUCUGCGAGGAAUGCCUGUGUUUGUGGUUCGAUCGUGAGAGAACGUGUCCAUUGUGUCGGUCUACUGUCAUUGAGACCCUGAGAUGCUGGAAGGAUGGCACCACCUCAGCUCACUUCCAAAUUUACUAAGUUCUAACAAUAUAUCAUGAGCAUCCAGAGAUAUGUGAUUGUACUCUGAAGGAAGGUAAACAGUGAUGUUUCUGUAAAUGUCUUAUAUAAAUCAGGCUAGGAAUAAUUGGGGUAAUACAUGAUAUAUUGGGGACAUUAAAUUUAUAGGCAUUUGAGAAGGCCAUAAUCGAAUAUAUUUAAAAACAAUCAUUUCCUAUAAAGCUGGUGAUUGAGGCCACAUGUUUAAAGAAAUGAUCAAUGUGGUAAAGGAACAUAAACUUGAGCUCAAUUUCAAUGGUUUGCUACUGUUGUAAUCUAUGGGUAACUUUUUAUUUGACUUUUUUUAAUAUAAAAGUUUGUUUUAAGUGCGGUUAUAAUGUAAAACGUGACAGAAUAUACACUCCGAGUUGUCUUUACAAUUUCAUCACAUGUAUUGAUUUAGUUCUACAAAUGGACUUUAUUUGAAAAUGAAAUGUCUCAGAAUGAUUCUUAAUGGGAAAUCAGUUUGUACUCUUUAGGUAGAAGAUGUUGUGGUUGGUAAAACAUAAGCAUAUUUAGAUACUGAAUAAGGAACAAGGUGGUGUGUACCGUUUAAGUAGCCUGACCAUAAACGAUACAUUGUAAAAGUGUUGAUAUGUAGUACAGUCAGGCACCAUAAUCAUACAUUGUCACUGACAUCACAGGCACAUAUCUGAUAAUCGUCCACACUGUAAAUUGUCUUCCAUUGUUAUUCCUCAUUUAUGUUCUUACUGUGUAUUUUAUUUAGAAUAAUUUUCCUCGGGUUGCUUAAUAGACUCUAGGACUUUAUGGAAAAUGCGCAGUGCAGCACUGAGAUCAUUGGUUUUGAAAUAAAGCAC